GCCCAAAAUCCCAAUCCAGCUCCAAGGGAAGUUACGCAGACGCCAUGCGACUCUUCAAGCUAUGAACAGCCACAGAGAUGGCGUUCCACGGCGAUGGGUCCACCCGGGAAAGAGCAAUCCCCGCCGGAGACUUGAUUCAACGACAUGUGGAAACAGAUUUGACGACUGGGACAGCCGUCGGCGACUCAGCGAUCCAUACCCGCGGCGGCACGAACCUCCAAACUGAACUAACAGCGGAGCUAGUGUCAACCGCCGGGUUCAGCGACCAGUACAGUAGCGGCGGCGGCCAUCGAGGCAUCCUGACCAAAGCGCAGUUUCUUAAGCACUCACCAUUACACGAUGGCACCUCCAUAGCUCCGCCCGUAUGUCAGAUUCUAUUGUCUAUGAUAAGGUGGCAAAGAGCCAUUGCAGAACACAAAGAAGAGGGGGAGUGUGGUCAGACCUACAACUUUGUGCUCCAAUGAUCCCUUCUAUCACAUUUGGUUGCGAGGUUCAGUGAAAUAAGGCAACUGCGUACAACAUAAUGGUCGGUGGCCUCAUCUGAGAAAAAGCUUACGAGUAUAGGACUUUAGCAGUUCCUCUGUAACUCAAAUUCCUCUUCAGUGUUCCAUGCAAAUCCACCAAUUUAGAAAGCUUCUUCUUCUGUGUCUCGACCCUAGCACAUGCGAUGGUCGAAUUCAUGCAAGGCAGGGGCACCGAUUCAAUAAUUGGGAGGGUUAUUUUGGCAUUUUUCUCACACCUUUGUGCAUAUUGAAGCUCUGUUCUCAUCUUUUUGCACCCAAUGUUCAUGGAUUGGAUUUUCCUUCUUGGAAUAUGGAAAUUGAAAGAGUUGUGUGGACAUGUGUAUUAUUUUAGUAUUUAACAGUUACCAAUGAAGUAGAAACAUCAUCUUACUUUGGGUCUCAUAGAAGUCUCUAUGCAGGGAAUUUAUUAUUUGAACGUUUGUGCUAAUUCCAGCUGCUACUUGAUGAGGAAUAAUUACCAGUCCUAGCAACUUGAGUAGCGAUCACUGGACAGUGAUUGUUUUGGGAGGCAAUGAUACUACGAAGUUGGGCAUCACUUCUCUUUUGCUCCAUAAAUAUUUUUUCAGAAC